AUGCAAAUCAAACUUAACAGCUGCUACGCCAUAUAUUCGUGGCACUGGGACAUCCCCGAGGACGAGGUUUGCGGUAUCUGCCGUGUAUCCUUUGAUGGGACGUGCACAACUUGCAAAUACCCAGGAGACGAUUGCCCACUAGGUAAGUACAAAAAGUCCCGUAUCUCGCUAACAUCCAGUCAUUGGCGAAUGUCAACACGCUUUUCACAUGCACUGCAUCUGGAAGUGGCUAGAGACAGAGACCGCCAAAGGCUUGUGUCCAAUGUGCCGGCAGCCGUUCACCAUGGACAAGGACAAGGACGUCAACAAGGGCGUCAGUUUGCCGGAAGCCAGCCGGUUGGCCACAGCAACAAACGAAGAGUUUCUCGCAGACAUGCUGGAAACACAGACCACGGACGCAAUAGUUUGGUGCACGGAUGUGGCGUAGAUUUUUCCAAAUCUCUUUUUUCCACUAUGACUGAUCAUAAGAAGUUCACCAUCGUGGUGAAGGUCGGGUCCUCGUCGAUUGUCGACGAAGUGACCCAUGAGCCACGGAUCGCUAAUGUGUCGACGAUUGUGGAGACGCUGGUUGCCCUUAGACGACAGGGCCACCGUAUCGUGCUGGUUUCGUCCGGGGCCAUCGCUAUAGGACUUCAUCGCAUGGGCCUCGACAGGAAGCCAAAGCGUUUGUCUGCCGUGCAGGCUCUUGCCGCAUUGGGUCAGGGAAAGCUGCAAGCCUUGUGGGACAGCAUGUUCAGCUACCGGAACCAAAAGACUGCUCAGAUCUUGCUCACCAGAAACGACAUUACCGAUUUUUCUCAGUUUAGAAACGCCGAGAACACCCUGAUCGAAUUGCUGGACAUGGGCGUGGUCCCCAUUGUCAACGAGAACGACACAGUUUCCACGCAGGAGAUCAAAUUCGGUGACAACGAUACGCUUUCUGCCAUCACUGCUGGAAUGUGCAACGCGGACUUCCUUUUCCUGCUCACCGACGUGGACUGUCUCUACACCGAAAACCCGCGUCUGAACCCGAACGCAAAGCCAGUGGUUCUGGUGAAGAACAUGAACAGUCUGGAGGUGAACACUAAAUCGUCGGGAUCCAGCAUCGGCACUGGAGGAAUGGAGACCAAGCUGAUUGCCGCUGACCUGGCCACCAACGCGGGUGUCACCACUGUGAUUUGCAAUUCGCAGCGGCCGCAUGACAUGAUCCGGAUCGCCAACUAUAUCUGCGAGACGGACGCUCAGCUCAGAGAAUCGAGGGAGGUCAUUUCUGCAGAGUCGCACGAGCAGUUCCAGAUCACGAAUGCAACAGAGUUCUCUCAGUUGCAACACCACAACAUCCCGCUGCACACGCGGUUCAUUGGCCAGCCGAGAAACGCCGUCAAAAACAAGGAAUUCUGGCUCUUGCACGGUCUCAAACCUGCCGGUGCUCUGAUCAUCGAUCCCGGCUGCUACGAGGCCAUUACUCGCCGGAACCGGGCAGGGCUGCUGCCUGUGGGGGUUAUCGGUGUUGAAGGAGAGUUUGGACAGCUUGAGUGUGUGGACAUCAGGGUUGGAAUCAGAGACAGCGCGACGGGCAGGUGGGACAGGUCCAAAGGCGCCGUUAGCGUCGGACGCGGACGUUGCAACUACUCGUCGUACGAAAUUGACAAAAUCAAAGGCCUGCAUACGCACGAGAUCCCGUCGGCCAUCGAGUACUUUGAUUCCGAGUACGUUGUUCACCGCCACAAUCUCGCCUUCCCGCUCCACAAGAACUCGGAACUGGAGCAGCUUAUACAACAGUCGAGCAUUUAG